CACGCAAUUGAAUGAAAUCGUCAGUCGUCUCUGAGAAUUCAGCAGCAAAGUUCUAGUCUCAUCAGAAUUUUGCUUUGCAUUUUUAGACUGCCCUUCACUAGUAUCCAUCCAUCUAUUCCAACAUGUUUAUCAGAUUAUCUGUCGCUGUAUUCUUGAUGAGUGUCCUGUCUGCCGUGUUGGGUGCCAGCGUUUCCGUCAACUCUACCGAAUUGUCCAAGAAUGCUACAAAUCUGGACAACUCGACAAAGUCGCUCAACGGUAGUGAAAUCUCCCUCAAGAUUCGUGAAGCUGAUUUGGUGAAGUUGAAUGCCUCCGAGUCCAUGAAUUCUACUAGAAAUUCGACCCACCUGAACGAAACUAUGAAGCUGGAAACCCGCGAAUCCGGAGACGAGAAAUUAGUUCUUGACUUGGGCAAUUCUACAAAGGCUGGAAACUUUUCCAAGCUCAACGAAACGUUGAAGGCCGACAACGUCAGCACCCGCGCUGUCAAUGCUUCCAUGAGCAACUCGAACGCUACCCACAACGCCACAGCUAAUCCAUGGGCCGUUCUUCCUCUGUUCCGUGAUUUGAAUUCGACUCUGCACAACUCGUCACUCCGCAACUCAUCCGAGUCUGUCAAUGCAACCAAAUCUCCGCGUUCCGCCGAUUCCGCCGAGAAUUCCAUCGAGGAUGACAGCGUAGACAAAGAGCUCUCCGGUUUGGAUUCCAACGGUACUAAAAGCGAUUCCAUGGAGGGCGAUAUGGAAAAUGAUGGCCAAGAUGACGGAUCAACCAAGAAGCCUUGCACCACUGUAUCUUGUUUGAUUAGCCGCGGAUGUUCUGACGAGUCUUGUUCUCAAGAUGGCAACUGAUCACAUCCUGGAGCUAGUGAGAUCCAUUAAUAUGUUCCAUAAUAUCCUGUUUAAAUUUAUGUAAAAAGCAGUCUGAUGUUUUAUCUCCAAAUGCAUUACACGAUAUAAUUUUAAGAGAA